CGUUUUCCACAGCUCGCACAUGAAGAGAGCGCCUCCACUCUCCGCUCUAGAAAGGAAUGCAUGAGGAGGACAUCGCUUGCAUGGAUCGUGAAGAAGACGACUCUUCGCCGUUCGACCCAUGGCAGAUAGACGUUCCGUCUGCGGAUGGGGUGGCGACCAGCAAUAUAGAGGUCGCGGAAGGCAGCCUGCAGACAGCAAUGACUUCCCUCACUUGCGCUCUGUUGAUGUUUUGCGUGCAGGAAAUCAAAGACUGUAUGUUUCAAGACGGUCAGUGGUACUUCCUGGUGUCGUACGCGUUUCUGGAUGACUCAUACAACACAUGGUAAGCAUCACCGUACCAGGGACAUCACGAAGGGCCCGCAGUGCGUUUGUGUUUUAACAGUGCCGGUCAUUGGUCGCCCUGUUGUGGGUGCGCGCGUGUGUGUCUGUAGGGAGCCUGAGGCAUCUCUGCAACAGUCGCUGCCCGAGUCGCUGCAGACAGUGUGUGAGCAGCUGAAGCAGAACGCCCAGUACGCCAUCGAUGACAUCAGAGAAGUCCAGUAAGCAGACACGGUCACUCACGGCACACCCGUCCGUCCCACACCCGUGAGGAUGCUGCGCCUGCCUUCCUUGUGCUGUCGCAUCUGUGUGUGCACUGCAGGUACAACAAGCCUGACUCCAAGUACUACUUUCUGAUCAAGUGGUUGGGGUUCGACGAGAACGAGUAAGCCGCAUCGCAUCGCCAGGCAGGCAGGCAGCUAUGUGACGCCAUUCACACAAGUAAGAGUGGUGUCCUCUCCUCUGUCUGCAUCAGAAACACAUGGGAGCCGGAGGAGAACAUUCUGGAUACCGACUUGUGCUCGAGUUUGAAGCUCAAGUCGCUCGGGCCAUGGUGAGACGGGCACCACCACAACCACACCUAUCAAUCGCAUAUGAUGCUGAUGGAUGGAUGGCAUGUCUGUGUGUACGUCCCUGGUUCGUGCUGUUUGUUUCAGGUUCACUGCGUUGGUGCCUCAGAUUGAGAGCGAGCCUGUGCAGCCGUUGCCGCCCAAACCUUCCCCCUCUGCUGGAGAUGAUGCCGCGUCGCCGCCCGACCUCGAUACGGACUCAGAGCCCUUUUGAUGCAUGGCGGUGCCUAGCCGGCUGACCACUCGUCCUCUCUGGCUGGCCCAUUUGUUUCUGUCCAUACGUUCUGUUUUCUUGCGAGACUGUGUGGACGCCCUGGACCUUGCAUGUCUAUUGGAUGGACAAGGAAUGGGCGGGAUGAUUGGAUAGGAGGAGACGGUGCGGCUGGGGGGGCAUGGGGGCGGGCUCGCAGUCUCAGACGGAAGACUCGCAUUCUUGACGUGUUGG